GGAUGCCUUGCCUACUUACUGGAGGAGUGAUGAUAGGAUAUAUAUGGAUGGCCACCCAAACCAUUCAACCUAAGAAUAUUUCCAAGCAAAGAUCUGGUGAAACAGCUGUGAAGGAAUGAAUGGGAUACUAGUACUUAAGGAAGGAGAUAGAGGGUCUAGUAUCGUUCUACUACUGCCUACAGGAAGAAAGCAAAGGGAAAGUCACUACUCCAAAAGCUAAAGAGAAGGUCAGAUCCAAGGACAUGGAUUUGUAGAACGGCUUCCAAUAACCGAUCAUCUAGAUGAGAUUAGACCUGAGUGAGCAGACUUCUCUGUAUAUGAGUCGCCUUCCGAGAUGGUAUUGCCUUGACUCAUUCCUUGAAUUGACAAGAGAAGUAUUUCUAGCCUCUAGUGGCACAUGUUCCUUCCUCACGGAUAUGAGAGACGGUAAGUGCAACUCGAAAGUGUGCUAGCUGUUGUGCUAAUUCUUGCUGAGUAGCUGGUUGAAGCCCAGAAGUGGAGGCGAGCCCAGUUCAAUCGUGAAGUUCCUCCUUUCGUGGCUUGUCGGCAUCAUAAGUAAAUGAGAGAUGAUUUCCGAGUGACUGGUGGAAAGGGAAGAACCCGAGAGGGCAUAUAGAUUUCGAUUCCUCCCCCCGGCACUAGUAGAUACGAUAUUUCGAGAUUGCUAGAUAAUCUCACUACGGUUCGAAUCCUCCAGAUUGCGAGUUCCAGAAAAAGAAUUUAUUUUUUGACUAAAACAUCCAAGAAAACGGAAUAAGAACGCGCUUACAACGCCGAUGAAAGGAACCAGAACAAGUGUAUGGCAAAUUUCCUUUAGUAGAUAUUCCAGUGGAUCAAUAAAAAGAAGGUACUCGUCCUGGUGCACCCGUAGGUUUUGCCCUUUCUAGAAUUCAUCUACCGUUGUAGGAAUCCUCAUCCGAUGUACGAAUCCCGUGGAGGAAAGAAGCUGGUAUUUAUCGCCUUGAUCCCGUGGAGGAAGAAUGGAGGCACUUGGCCAUAGCUCACGCUAUGAUCCCGAACCCCAAAAGCCAGAUGUGUGCGACCGAGGCGUGAUAUCACUACGGUUCGAAACUGUUGAGCCCCUUCACCACCCCCUAUACGGAACUCUCCCUCUGACUUCCUUCAAUCCAUCAAGUAUUGCACAUGUGUAGAUUCUCGGGUAAAAAACAGCAUUUUGGCUUAGAAUGACACUUGCUGCUUCCCGGGUUUUGGCAUUGACUCGAGUUAAGUAAGAGCUUACCAUCUUUUUCAGAUGAUAAGUAAAUAAGGCCCGUUCUGACGGUUCGUUAUCCAGUUUCGAAAAAAGGUGCUUACUAGUGUCUCGUCGUUAUCCGGGGGGAGGGUUGUCUCCACUCUAAAGAAUGUGCAUUGAUUUUAUUGCUCUAAAGCUCGCCUAACUUAUUUGACUUGACAAGAACAGUGGAAGAGAAAGAUUCUCAACGUCUAACAGCUGCUUUAGCUUGAAUCGGGUUGCGCUGAGUUGAGUGAGUGGAAAUGAGUUGAAAUAUGGAAGCGAGAACAGCUCCGCCGCUUGAGAAGAGACCCAGAAUUGCUCAUAAAACUCUGUUUCAACAUUUUCUGGGUUUAGAGCACAUUAGAAAUAUGGAGUAGGUAAUCCGCUUGGUUUCCCUGAUUUCUCUAUCUUAGAUCCGCAUACCAUACCCGGUUCAGAUUGGAAAGCCAAGGUAGUGGCGCUGCUCUUUUAAAAAAAGUAGUGCAGGUCCGUUUGUUUCUGUUUGUGGUGUAGACUUAUGGUGGGAUACAGCCUCCGGGAUGGGUGUGCCAGAGUAGAAUGAGAUCUUGAAUAGCUUGCUUCUUACCAUGAGCUUGAAGGGCAGGGAUGCGUUCUCUAGAUGCGAAUAGUUAGAACCCGUUCAUCUAUCUAUCUAACCUUGGUAAUGUGAAUGGGUUAGGGGUGACGGGCAAGCCAAAGCUGGUAAAGAAAAAGAAGUGGGACGUGUUUUUACCUGUCCUCUGGUUAGUGUCUUUCCAGCAUUUAUAGCUUUGUUAGCGGGUGGUUAGUUAGUGUUUGAUUGAGGCCUAAGCUCGUGUAGCAAUGCGGGCUCGCUCAUUCAAUUAAUUAUCAAGUUGGGUUUGCUUUUCAACAAAUAGCUUCAGACUUUAGCUUCUUACUUAUUGUGUGUAGUCCCGUUCUUUGCUUAUUUAUGGUUAUUUGUGUAGUCGAGUCGAGUAGUACGUAUCUUACUUUGUUUUUUGUUUGGUGGUGUAGCAAAUAUAGACUUCAGAGAGUAUAUAUAGAAAGUCUGUCUAUCUAGGAGGCAUAGUUAGAUCGUUUUUCCAAUGCAUGGUAAGUCCAAUGGGCUAUUAUUUUCUUCUUAAAGAAAGGCAAUUACCUAAGUAGAAAUAGCACAAUCCACUCUAUAAGGGCAAUGCGCAUUAAAUUACGUCGGCUGUCAAGGCUUUUUCCGCUUUUUCACUAAAUAGUCCUCCCUUGCUAUUAUUGCCACUCUAUAUAGCAGUUUGUCUGUAGUAUCCCUACGUAGGCUUCUAUCUAUGAUAGCUGUCCUUGCUUUAGUUGGCAAGCAGGCGGGAAAGCUAACUGGUGAACUUGCUGAACAUGCUCAAACUGAUCAUCAUCAAGUUGAACGAGCGGAGUACUUUACUUUACACAAGUAGUGGUUUACCAGGAACUCGUAUAGUAUAAGAGCUAGUCAUAUAAACUAGUAGUAGACGGUUGCUUCGAGGCGCGCCUUCGGCCUUUUAUCGAAUUUCAUCCAUCUUCUCUAUGUCAUACUUGGCCAGUGACUUCCAGAAAGAGAGCGUAUUUCCAGGUCUGAUGGAUGCGAGCUGCAACACUUCCAAGCCGAUUAUGGGUGGCUCGCUACACUGUGAGUUCCACUCUACUCUAAGGGAAGGGUAGAGUAGUUGCUAAGUUUUCCACAUAGGAAAAUGCAAGUGAUUGUACGAGAUCAGUCAACGAGGCAGGCGCGAAGCGGCAAGGCAAGUGAGGAGUCUUGGAUUCUCUAUGAUGGGCAUAUCUCACUGAAAACGAGGCAGAGGCGCGAAGCGAAAUAGUAGGAGUUAUCAGCUAGCACAUUUCCCUUUGCUAUUUCUCUUUUAUCAAGAGAUAUUUGCUCUAUGCUCAGUUUAGAACUCACGUUGUCAAAUCCAAAAGAGUAUGCAAGAAUGUGGCCCCUACCCUAAGAGGAUAAGCGUUCUUUUGUGUUCCUAGCUUGUUGAACACAGCACGAAAUCAGAAGUCUAAGUGAUAGACUGAGCUGGGCUGAGAACAUCUGAAGUAAGCAUGACCACUAGUUACGUGCUACCCAGUGUGCAGUGCUGAAUAGGCCUUAGGGAUGACCCCAUGGGCAUGUACGAAGAAGACUAGUGGGGAACAGCAUGUCACCAAAGGUGCUAGCUGACCGGCACUUGUAUUAUUCAUAUUUUUUAUUCUAUCAAGCCGAUAGCAUAAUCAUUUUCUAACUAAUCAAGUUAUGUGACAUCUACCGAUCCCGUGAUUCCGAAUCAAGAGAUGAUUUGAGCAACUCGUGAGUCAAGUAGUAUAGUAGAUUAGCCCUCGUAAGGCCUCCCACUAGUUAAGUAUCCGUCCUAACGUCAGGAAUAGAGUAAAGGGACGACCUUUUCUCUCCUUUCCAAGUGCUUGCUCUUUCGUUAAGCAUAAACUCAGAUAGGCGUAGAAUUGGUGUCUGUGUGUUUCAUUGGUAUGGUACGUAGACCCGGCCCUGUAUUCAUACGCGAAAGAAAGAGUCGAUGAUCUUCUAGCUCCGCGCAAGAGAAGAUACGAUUGAGGCGCGCAGCGAGAUCCGUGAAAGGCAAAAGCCAGUAGCAAUAAAGUAUUCUACACCGUAUGUAUCGUAUUUGUUGCAUAAAAUCCGUACGUAACCUGAGCCCGUGCCUUAAAAAAAGGGGAAGGAUAACUUCGUUCCUCAUUUCCAUCGUCUUCCGAGAAGCAUCUUCUCUCCGGAUUAUUAAGUUGUUCAACAAGGGCUGAUAUGGCGGAUUGGCUUAAAGAAUAUGGGAUUCUCAGCUCGUGGAUCUGUUCAUUCAUAGCAUAGGGGUAGAUUAAGCUUUAGAACAAGGAUUUGCUCUAUAACCCGGGAAAGGAAGCUUCUACGUGAAGUUAGCGAGACGGGUGGUGCCAUUUAUAGAAAAAGAUUGGCUACAAUAGCACUUUAUGCACUUCACUUUUGGCUAUUCUACAUGGGCAACAACUAGCCUGGGAAAUGGGCUUCAUUCAAGUCUUGGUCUUUUCGGAUUCACUUAUUUACGUGCAUUUUCUUAAGGAAAGAGCCUACCUACUCAAACCUGAUAGAUGGAUGGAAUGAACCUAGCAUAGCGAAUUCAUGAAGUUGAAUAUAAGAAAGAAAGCCUACAAGUAUAGAAAGAAGUGCUAGUAUCCUUCGAUUUCAUUUCUUCGCUUUUAUAGAGCUUUUCCUUUUACCUAAUGCCGGCUACCGACAACUCUUGCUAUCCAAUCCUGACCCAUGACCAACCUGUAAGGUGUUCCCUAGUGAACUGAAUUUCUGGGAACAUAAAUAGAAAAAUGACUGUGCACUCUAAUUUGGUAUAAAAAUAUAUGACAACAUUGUUGAGCUGUCUAUACUCUGACUCUGCAUUCAAAUGGGGGUAAAAAUGCUUGGUGUCCAACCAGAUAUCCACAGAGAAUAGUCAGUAUUAGUUUACCAUUUUUUAAUACAUAUUUCGAAACCAAUUGCAUCUCUGGUAACUCUGAAAUUACUUGAAUCAGUAUUGCUAUGAGAUCCCCUCUCCAGUACUGCAUGUUUCCUUGCCGCUCCAGUUGGUUUACUCCCAGAGACAUGAUUAGUACCACCAGAGCUUGAAUCAAUCAUUCCAUCCCCAACUCCUACAUCAGAAACAACAGGGUCUAUUUCAGUAAGCCUCCACCUAUAAACCAAACCAUGUUCUUUUUCCAGAGACCCCUCCAUUACUACCUCCCCCAGGACAUGUCCAGUUCAAUUACCAUCUAUAUUCAAAGCACCCGUAAAAUCUUGGAGUGGUAUCAAAGUAGGAUCAUCGUUAAUCACUUAUGGAUGCCUACAAACAAUAUGCUAACUAUAUAUAAGACACCAAGGGUUACAAGUAUAGUUACUUUUUUUAGAUGUUAUUCUCAAGUGCAUUGAGUGAAAGCUGUAAUUCACUCCUCCUGGGUCCAUUUACUUUUAAUGAUUUUUCAAUUUCCCCAAAAGAAUAGAUGGAGAUUCAUGCUAAUAAAGAAUAGCUAAGGAAAAGAAAGGAUUGAGGCAAAAGCUCUACAUCCCGUGUAAAGAAGUCAGAAAAUCUUUAUGAGUUUUUAGAAUGGAAGCUUCUGACUUUAGAUUUCUUUAGUCAGGGAGGAGCUUAGAGCCCACAGAAAUUAUAACAAGAAUCCUAUUUAUCAGCAUAAAGCCCCUCACCGAGCCAUGAGGCUGAUCCACUGGAUUCAUUGCAACACCACGAACAAUGGGGCGUCUGCCUAAUCACCGACUUCAAACGAAUUUCCCUCGUGAAUGCAUCGAGGAACUGAGGACAGGACGUUUCCGAUUGGCACGUACUAAACACUUUUCCUGAUCCGGUUUAGGUGGGUGGGUUAAGUGCACUUCCCAAUCGAAGAUUCUCGUCUCGUUUCACUUGCAUUUAGUUGAACAUUUUAAGUAGAGAAGAGGAAGGAGGCAGGGGAGGCAGAUAGGGACAUAACUAGUUGCUAAGCCCAGUCAGUAGCUGGAAAGGAGAAGUGAACUGGUUGAGAGGAAGAGAGUCUUUCGAGGACAACAGCGAAGGAUUUCAAUCAAGAAUUUACAUAGAUAAAGAGUUGAUAGUUGAUGCUAGUGAUGCACAGGGGAAAACGCUACUAUGCUCCAUGAAUUUCGUAUGAGUUAGUUAUUGGCUGGCGGAUCCUCAGCUUUAGCGAGUUCACUCGUAGAAAUGUCCGUUUGAUUGCUCCUCGGGUGCUUCCUUCUUUCAAAUCUAGAUUUCCUAGAAUCAUACCUUCGUCCAUUCUUGGCAAGCCUUCUUCUCUGAUGGUAUAGAUGAAGACACCGGAUCCCCAUCCUUAGCCAAACCUUCAAUUCAAGCUAGGGCAACAAAGGUUUCAUCAGAAAGGGAUGGAUGGCCUCCACUCGGGCUUGACCUACUAGACUAUCGCUCGAGAAAAGGUUGCUAAAGGUCGUUGUAUGCUCUAGUGUGCUAAGUUGCUGAUUGCCUUCCAACUAAUGGGUUGUGGAGUGCUAGGUACUUGAGUAGGCUUGCUUGCCGCUCUUCCGUCUAAGAAGUGCUUUGUAGCCCAACAAGCAACGGCUGCACUGCGGGAAUCCCAGUGAGUAACUACUAAGCAAGAAAACGGAUGCGCCUAACGCGCACCGGCUUUCGCGCUAGCGCUCAAUCCGUUGCUUGUAGGGAAGAGUAGUGCGUUCCCUUAACUUGGCUAAGUUGAACCGGGCGUCUAGUUCUCAGAUGGAAAUAACGGUAGUAAGAGCUAGGCAAGCAAAGCAAUAGAAGGUGGAAAUACUGCACCAAGGAUGAAAAGCUAGCAGUUGACCGAGAUACCUAGUAAGUUAGGUACUAUUAUAUAUAUUAUAUGGUGACCCACAUACAUUUCUUCUUUCAACUCACUCUUUCUUUGCUUUUAUUUAGCAACUACCCUAUCUGCCGAGAGUUGACCGACCCUCUUAUUUCAAAAGUAAGUGAGCCUAUUGCUGUCCCCACUAUGUAAGUGAGCCUAUUGCCCUACUAUCUAUGAAUGUAGAUUUCCUUCUUUCAGUUUACCCCGACUGACUGUAUUUCUAUAGCUAGCUCUUUGGCAGGCUAUUUUCUUUGGAAAAUCAGGUCUUGAGGACGAAAAACACGAUAAAAUGGACUUGCCUACUUUUGCACCGAAGAAACUCAUAAGUAAUCCAAUUUCCGAGGACACGAACGGAAGUAAGCUGUUUUUGGUAUUCGUAUCGGAAUUAGCCAGAAGAAGAAACCAUUUUCACUGCCCUUCAUUCUUUGGCCUGCCUGCCGGGUUAGGGGAGCUCACAAGUCAACUCAGUUAAUCGAGAUGGCUAUGCGAAUGAGAAACUAGAGAAUCACCUCUCCUCACUAGAAGCCCUAAAGCUGCAGGGAAAGUUCGGAUUUAAGAGUUAGUUGGGUUCAAAAGAUAGCUCCUCAACACAACUGAAGAAAGCAAAGAAAGAACCGCGAAAGUCAAGGAUGGAAACUCCCUACUAAGCAAUUGAAGCUAGCCAGGUGGAAAAUAAAGUACAAGUAGGAGUGGCGGGUUUAGUGGAAAAGAGGGAGAUCCGGACUCACUUCUACCAAUCGAAGAUUAUCGUAUUGUAAUUCAAGGCAAAUGAUAGUCAGAAAAUCUACUCAAAAUGCAGAAGUUAGGCUUCUUCCGGUUCUAGAGUAGUGGCUUCAAGCUCCAGUCUUAGUUUGACUAGAGAUCAAAUCGAAAAAGGCUCCCCGUGGACUCUACGCAGGACUUUUUUCUAAGCCUUACAUAAUUUGAAUUUCUCUUGCAUUUUAUUUUGACUUUAGCUCAUCAUGUCUCGUUUGGAAGUGAUCUGUUCUAAAUUAUUGGGUAAGUUCUUAUUGGGUUUUCAUUUUCAUGACUUACCUAAAGAUAUCCUUUUCUUCCUCAUUCUGAUUUUGGUUUUCGUAUCACGGAUGUUGGUUCGCGCUUUAUGGCCGCGUUGCCCAGUUUGGGCUGCUCGCGUUUUCACUCUGUUGAGUGUAACAACAGCACUUUUUUAUUAUUCUUCUUUGAUGACCACAGCGGAAUGGGUAACGAACCUGAUCAGAAUGCGGGGGGGAUCCGCUGCGGGCAACCCCGAUGGAACCUCUAGCCCGUCCUCGUCGUUUUUCCAGGGGCUUUCUCGGGAGAUACCCGGGGCACCUGUGGAACCUGGGCAAGAGGUGCAGCAGCCGGAAAUGGCUUUAGCGGCGCCUAAUCCAUCGAUUCAGCCAACUGAUCGGGGAGAGCAGAGCCGUCGAGUGCUCCGCUUGGGCCGGACCAGCCAGAGGACAGCAGUGCACCUUCAAGGCCGCUUACCGAGCAAGAUAUCAGGACUAUGGAACAGUUAUUCGAUAUUGAAGAAGAAUUGAAACCAAUCAUUAUUGGUUUUUACAAUGAAUUGGGGUCGAAGAAAGUGGGCGAGUUGCGCCCACUUGGUGGAUGAUUUAACUGAGCGCCACGGGGCGGAAAAGAUGCCCGAAAUCUUACAAAGUUUUAGGGACCCUAUUUCGCUUAAAUUUAUAAGGAUUUCCGGGACCUCCGGGCUUCUAAAGGGACGGAAGCUAAUCUCGAGAGAGAGGAGAUGGGAAUGAGACACCUCAGAGGUCCUAGACGGAGAUAGGACUUGAAGGCGGAAAGUAUGGAAAAACAUCUUGUAAUGUAUUUAACCAGAAAACGCCUUUCGUUUUCCCUCCUUCCCUAGCCGCCUUCCUUAACAAGCCCUCGAGCCGUACAUUUUAGAAGAGGCGGUUCGUUCCUAUCUGGACAAAGGAAUGGAUAAUCUUUCUAUUCUCCGGGCAGCUUAUCAAGAUCUGCGGGAGAAUGGGGAAGGAUCCAUCUUCUUUUUGGAGGUGGUUUCGCACAACCAGGAUUACCUGGAUGCACAGACCACUUCCAGGAGGUGCCAUGAAUUGGCGCAAAGGAUCCGAUGGGAUGGAAUCGCCCGCAGCCGUGCUCAGCUCGAAAGGGCUGAGUAUGAGCAUGCGCUACUAUUGUUUCAAUAUGAAGAUCUCAAAAGGGGGCGGGGGCAUAUUUAAGCAUUCCUAUUUUAGUUUAGCGGCAAGCGCCUUUAUGUGACCUAACAGGACUUUUGAAUUAACUCAGUGAUUUUGCAGGCAGACGGAGGAGAGGAAAUGAAAGCAGAAGAAGUUAUCGAAACACAUGUUCAAUCUUUUUUUAGCGGUUUCCCCAGAGAUCUUUCUCAUUAACGCAACCUUCAUUUUGCUCAUUCAUGGAGUUGUAUUUAGUACCUCUAAGAAAGAUGAUUAUCCACCGUUAGUUAGUAAUGUGGGUUGGCUUGGAUUACUUAGUGUUGCGCGCCUAGGAGGGCAGCGCGCUUGGGAUGCGGAGGAGCUAUUAUCGCCCAGCUCCCUAACCUAAUGCGGCCGGACCGCAGGGAACCUUAGCAUGGGGGGACGUCCUAAUCCUUUUGCCGCCGCAAGGCUGGCUAAUCGUACGCAGCAGGAGCAAGGGAACUCCCCUGGUUCAGGAAGGCACAUGAGUCCGAACGCUAUUAUGAAUGUGCGACCGACACUACACUACGUAGGUACCUGUGCAUGCAGGUGAGGCGUCGGUCGGUCCUAAAAACGGCGGCAGCUAGCGAGGAGUUAACGACCGGACGUGCUGCAACCUAGGGAUCACCAGGCAGCUCUUUCGCUCUAUAGGGAUAUCGGGGGGGGGCAUAGCACAAUUCUUCUUGGAGGAGGGUUGGUUUGCCCAGGUGACUGAUCCUGCCAUAAUAUACUCCCGCCAAUUCUAUUGCACCGGCAACCGAAGUCGAACAUACAUACGACGAUCUUCAUGCGUGAAGGGACGGGAGGAAAGAAAGGGCGGUAGAUGAUAAUGCGAAAGGGCGCCGCGUCUGGGCGGGCGGGCUUGAUAGUAAAGCCAAAGAAAGACGCCCCAAGACAAGGUACAACUGUUGGGAAGGGGACAUGAUCAAUAGAACCCGGCUGGAUCCGGGCUGGGAUAGUGGCGCCCAUUCCUAACCAGUUCAUAAAAGGUUCGCUCAUGCUGGAGGUACUAACCACUUAGUGAUCGGUCCGCUAGUUCACGCAAAUCCGAAGAAGUUAUCACGGACGAGCCACAUGCAGGGAAACUUGCACGUGUGGUUCUGGCCGGGCUUUCCUUCGGUAUCUAAUAACCUUGCUUCUGCUCGCCGCUGGCGCACCUCUCCUAACUAUUGCCCAUUUAUUCUGGAAUAAUUUUUUUAGGAGGGACAAUUUUACAUAUUUCUGCCAAAUCCUUCUAUUAUUAAGUACGGCUGGUACCAUUUCGAUGUGUUUCGAUUCUUUCGAAAAAGAGAGGUUUGAUGCUUUUGAAUUCAUUGUAUUAAUUCCACUUCCUACUCGCAGUAUGCUCUUAAUGAUCCCGGCUCAUGAUUUAAUUGCCAUGUAUUUAGCUAUUGAGCUUCAAAGUUUAUGUUUUUAUGUGAUCGCAGCAUCAAAAAGAAAGUCUGAAUUUUCCACGGAAGCCGGCUCAAAAUAUUUGAUCUUAGGUGCAUUUCCCUCUGGAAUAUUAUUGUUCGGGUGCGACCGGACUACUACCGAUCAAUUUUUGGAAACUUCUUUAUAGACUUGUAGAGACCCUCUAUGUAGUUGUAAUUCUUGGGCAAUCGAUCUACUUUCCCCAUAGCCCUAAGGCUGUGUCUCGAUCUCCUACGUGCGAAAGAUAAGAUACGGGAGACGGGGUCCUAUGGUAUGGGUCUUCGACCCUUGGUCUAAUUCCACGACGGAGAGUCGGCGUGGCGUAAAGUGAAGAUUGGGGGGAAUAGAGCGAAAUCCCCGUCUGGGGUAUUCCGAAGGUGUAACCUAGGCAACGAAAAAGGGGCCCGAUACUUCAACUAAAGGAGCGACCUGUUGGUUCACCAAACCCCGACCCAGUGUCACACGUUCUCCAGGUCCGAAGGGAUCCAGUGCCCAACUACCGACUCCUCCCGGAAUUGCGUUAUCGGAGCCGAGCCAGGAAUAGCCGUUAGUGGACACCUACCACUUUUCACCGGUUAGAGAGGCCCUCUUUAAUACAUUAAGAAAAUAUGUUCACAGGGGCCAGAAAGACUCGGUCAUAGGAACUUCAACCACCUACGCGCUGGUAAACGAAAACCACCUCGACCGGAUCUACCGAACGAAGAAGGCCGCCCGAAUUAACACGCCAAAAGGGCCACCAGCUUUCCCCAAAAAAAGGGGAGAUCCGCUGCUUACUGCUCACGGAAACAUCCGACCUUAUCGUCAAGUCGUCUGCCUAUCUUUCUGAUCUCAUUCGUUUUCCGAUCGCAUAAAAAGAUCAAAAAAGAAAUGUGAGAAUGUAGUUACAGAUGUGAAAAAAGUAAAUAUCUCUCUGUCUGUGUUCUUAAAUCAUUCAUUGGAUGAUGUGCGUUUCAUCAAGUAUGAACUUCUUUCUUUUUUUUCUAUGCAAUUUAAGUACCGGAUCGACAUCCAUUUAUUUCAGUGCCCUCAUCCGCUCCGCGUGUAUGUCUGUGUGGCUCUGGAAGGCCUUACUUUACUAAUACUAACAGGUAGGGCGCGUUACUUUUUUUCUUUUUUUUCGCAUGUUUAGAUUAUUUACUUGCCCUUUCACUUUUUCUUCGGCUGUCACCAACUUUGUUCAAUGCUAGUCCCUAACCCAUGAAUAAGGGCUCCGCUGGCUACCGGGUUCAGAGAAGUUUGUAAGCUCUUUCUCUUUUUUUGUUUUUCGCCACCUCCUCCGUUUAAGGUCUUUAAUUCGAUUCGGCAUUAGCUUCGUUAGAGAAAGCCAUGCGUGAACUACAAAGCACGGGAUCCUGAACACCACGAAAGAAAGCGUACUACUUUUCAAUAAGGUCCGACUUACUUUUCAGAGAGGAGAGACAUGAACUUGUUUUAGGCGUAGAAAAGGUAUGAAAGAUUUCUUGAAAAGAGGUAGGGACUGGUCUCGCUGCUAAGGGAGAAGGAGACCUCUGUCGGAGCAAGCUAAAGAACCCACUUUAGAUCGUCGAUUUCAGGUAAGGCACUCGAUCAAGCCUAUACAUCCGGGAAUUUCGCUCCAAACCAAAGACGACUUGCUUUGCUGCAUUUCUGGCUUUACUUUAUUUUUUUUUGCGAAAGAAAGGCCAUAUGAUCUACUUUCUGGUGCCGGUCCCUUCACAAAGAUAGCCCCUUCUUGCUCUUAUUCUUAUUCGGUGGAAUACAAUAGUUCUGAAGCUCCUUUCUUUCAAGUGAAAGUUGCCUAUCUUUGCUUUGGAAUCCAAUCCAGUUGAAAACAAACAAUUGCCCGAUGGAAAAGUCAGAUGAAAGGCAAGGAGUGUAAACCACGUACGAGCGAGCGCAGAAAGCGAAAUGUUUUGCAGCGAGUCAAGCGUAAUACGAUCAAAAGGAAAUGGGGUCAAUGCUAAAACUCAAACAGUUCCGCAGAGGGUUGAAAGAGCGAGCUACAUUCUUUCAUAGAAGACAGAAAAAAAGAGGACUGAUGCUUUCUUACUUCAUCUUAAUAUAGGGAUGCUUUAUGUAGCUUCCAAUAAAUAGGAAACAAGAUGACCCAUGGGGCACUCAGUGACGUAUCUAAACCGUCUAUCCAGUACUGGCUUUUCACACUCGGGAAUAGAAACUGUCGGCACUUGAAGAUGAACGAAGCGAAAUUACCCCCCCAAAAAGCCCUUAGACCCACCUUGGUGGGGACUGACUGCUCUCCCCUACGAAAGUAGCAUCGCGAUGCAGAGAUCAACAACACAUAUUCGCAUACCAUGCUUAUCUAUUGAUGUCGCAGAUCAGCGGCAACUCCCAUACUAAGUAUGAUGUCGCAUAUCGGUUGUCUAACUAGAAGGGUGGAACCUUUUCUUUUUAACUAGUCUUAAAGUGGAUGUCGCAGCCUUGAGUUCUUUUUAUUGAAUUCGCGAGAUUGAAAAUUAGGAUUGAAUGAAUAACCUGGAGAUAUAUUCCUUUUCUCAAAUAGUUCUUUAAGGGGCCUCUCUCUAUCCUUGGCUUAUUCAAUAGAGCUUUCCUUCUUUUCAUUAUUCGAUACUGCUGUGAGAUACUACGAGAGCUCGUAGGCAAUAUGAGAUAGAGCUGACUAAGAGAAAGAAGUAAGCGGAUCUUGCAGCUGUUUUCAUUCCUUUAUUUAGGUCUUGAACCUAUUAAGUAUAAGUAGAAGAUCAAGCACUGAUCUGAUGGAUCAAAUGCUUUCACUACUCGAUCAAGGGCUUCCCAAAAGGCCUAUUUACUAACUUCUCUUCGUUCCAGAUUUCCGAAUCGUUUUUUUAGUCAUGUUAGCACCACGCUUCGCUUUCCGAUAUCUGGUAUUAUGGCUUUGCGCAGACUGACCACUACCUGUAUCGGCGACUCAAUGUGAGUGUGUCGGUCACAGCCCAAUCGAGGGCAUACUUUCUAAUCUUUCUUUCGGCCAUUCAUCUUGCACUGCGUAUUUGGAUCCGAUCCCUCCCUUAUUUUAGCCAACAUCCUAUUAAGAUUAAGAUCUGCAAUUUGCAAAUAUGAGAAAAGUGGACGCUGUACUUGUCUGAAAGCGGAAACUAAGAUGAAGAGCUUAUUCUCAUUACUGGCUUGCUGUCCUUACUUUACUUUACUUAACAUAACUUUACUUAACAUACGCGUUUUCGUUAUGGACAAGCUCUCCUUCUGUGCGCAUCGAUCGACCGACGUAGGGAUUUGCAUGGGGCGUUGCGCGUCGCGUCGGAGAUUGUCAGACAAUAAACGUUUCAAUGGGUGUAGGUACAGGGGGAGGGGGUGUGGCGUACGCCACUUACUUUCUGGUGUGCAGGAUGCACUUCCCACAUGAUUGUACAGUAGGCGUUGGAGCCCUCAUCUGUAGGUACAUGGAGGUGAUCGCAUAUGCGGAGCAGCUUCCUUCGAGAUGCCUUUGACCCGGGACCUACGCACGAGAGCGUUAACAUCAAGGACGGAAGGAUUCCCAUGCAUGAUGCGUACAACUCUAAUCGCGAAGCGAAGUAAAAAAAACAAACCGAUGAAAGGAGAGAAUGCGGGAGACAGAAUGAUGUCGGGCCAGCACAAGAAGUCAGACUAAACAACCCAUUCGACGCGUCGGGGGUACUCGACCACCGGGAGAUAGGGAUUUAGUGACUUACCAACCAACCAGACAUUGAGGGCAAGACAUACCAUACAAAUCACGGCUUCGGCUGCUGUAGUCCUCUAGCCGAGCCAAGCCACUACUAGCGUGUGUGUAAUUCAUGGCAGUUCACUAUUUUUUUUGUUAUGGAGCUAUUCUCUUUCUUUUAUUUUUAUAUAGUAUAGAGAGCGGUAAGUUAGUGCUGUUCUAAGGAUAAGGAAAAGGAAAAGGAAGUGGUAGCUGUUCCAGUACACAAAGAAGGGAGAUUUGUGUAACCCGAGCUCUUUGAUCAAGACGGUGUGGCCAAAGUCAAUCCUUUGAGAAAAAAGUCAUUUAUUUUCGUUGGCUAUAGUGAUCAGCACAAGGGGUACUGCUGUUAUGAUCCCCGCACGUCUCAAGACAUGUCACAUUUGAUGAAACACGAUUUGCCUCGCUACCCCAUGCGCCUCUUCUCGGGGAGAGAUACACACACGCGCGAUGACUGCUUUGCCACCGCCCACUCUAUGUGCUCCGAUUAGCGUUCCGACGCCUGGCAUGGCAGUGCACACGGCUCAGAUUCGGUUGACCACGCUCACAUCCGCUUCAGACAUAAAGGACCAUUGAGGUCCGGCCCUAUCGUACUGGAAGUCCCAUGCUUUUCGUUUUUCUUCUCGUGCGUUAGGAUUGAAACCUAAGCUAAUUAAGCUACUAUCUCUGGCUCUGGAGAAUGGUAUCCGUUCAUUUCUGCCUGUCCAUAAGCGUAUAUAGGAUGAAGUCUAAACGAAUCAACGAAAAUUACGGUUAAGGCAUUUGAGAAUAUUAGCAUUGGGCACUCUAACUCGAAGGAAGAAGCCGAAGCCAGUCCAGUAGCUCGAACUCUGACUAUCUACGAAAAAGAUGGCAUUCUCCCUUAAUCUGCCUUGUUUUGAGAAGCGGGGAGGUAGUUUUGUCAAGCUCGUUAAACGCAACGACAGUCAAGGCUAGGAAGAUUUCCCAGGCCAGCCAACAAAGUGGGAUAUUCUUUGGAAGAAAGCCUGUAUUGUUUGACAAGAUCUUUAGGUCGGUCUCAACACGUUGGCAUCUUCUAUUCCUGACUCAUUGGGGAUAUUAUGCCUUUUGCUUGUCAGAAGUAGACCGACGAUACGGACUAAAGUAAGUCAGAUCUCCAAAUAUUUCAUCAUACUCAGUCCUGAAAGAACAAGCAAGGGAUGAGCGCACGCUGGUAGUAGAAGGAAGCGGAGAUGGAGGCAGCUAGGCAUCAGUUUGAGUUCGAGAUCGAGACCAGCUUCAGCCACUAUUGCUAGGACGGGCUUACUUAGACUGAGAACAGAGAUUCUUUUCUCUGCUAUGCUACUUUCCUCUUUCUUCCCUGAGGGCAUUCCUUUCCUGAACAUAGAGCCAAACAGUCUUGCCCGGAACCCCCGAUUCCUUCCCUUCUUGAAGAAAACGAUACCGAGAAGGCAAUAGCACUUGAAAAAAUGAAAAUACCGUCAGAAAAUAUUCUAUUGCUAUUCGGGAGAACACAGGCUUCGAAUACUGCCCGGCCAUGCUACUCUGUUUUGGUUGAAGUACCUUCUGACACUGCUGAUUCCAUCUUUAUAUCGUUCGAGCUAGCCCCAUGACUUCUUGGUCGAGCGCAGCUCUUGUUCGAUUUAUCUUUCUUUGAUCGAGCGCAGCGAGAAGCAAGUCUGGCGAACCUUGUGCUAAAAUUCCUUCUUUUCUUUCUUUCUUGGUUUUGGAUCGGUUUGUUAAAGGUGGGAAAGGUUUGUUUACAAAGGCAUGACUCAACUGCUGCAAACUUAUCAGGAUUGUACCUACCGUGAAAUUCGUGCCGCAUGGCAGUCUUGCAUGUAAAAGGUGGUGGUGGUUAUCUAUCAGGCGGGAAGCGCCAAGCCUAUCACGCGGGAAAGACCCCUAACCUACCACCAACUUACCUUCCAACCAAGCCCUUCGAUCCCGCGCUGCUGCUGGGUAUAUAAUCUCGGUCCUCCCCUUACUUUGAAGCCUACAGCUCCACAAUUCGUUUUCCUGUAAUUAAUGGCAGGAAUCCAAAAGAUACUGUUUUUUCUUUUUCUUGUCUUUUUUCUGCUUUUUCAUGGCAUCGAAGCUACGCGAGGGAAAGCGAUGCUGCCCACUCUGCCGCAAAAGGGGGCGGCUUUCUUCUUCCCCAAAAUGACAGUUCCACCAUCACAGCAUGCAGCAAAAUUCUGUGGAGAGGCUGCACAGCAAAGCGCCUUGUGCCAUCCGGCGCUAAUCUUCUACAUCACUAGGUUAGCGGGACCUGAAGAAAGACUAAGUCCGUCUGUCGAAAGCUCAGUUGUUGGUUUGGUGAUACUAGUGCUUUCUAGUGUUUGAGUUGUUCAGGAGUCGUUAUAAGUCAGAUUACCUCAUUGUAACGCAGGUGUCCCCUGCUUUCCUUAUUUCCUUUUUUAUUGUAUGAACUUUGGCUUUCUUAAUAAAGCUGGGCGUCUAUCCUGAGUGUGAGCAUUCAUAGUUGUGAACUUGUGAUACUAUUGUUUAACUUGCUGCAAAGACUACUUUUACUUGCAAUUGGUUCAUAAAAUGGUCUGGUGCUUUAGGAGGUCUGCUCCCACAAUUACUUAUACUUAAGAUCUAGUGCUGUUCUAAAGUCUAAACCAAGGAGCAAAUGAUAUCUGUAGUUAGCAGUUCGUGCGGCUCAUUCACCUUGGAUGGAUCGGCUGGUCCUGGCAUUCUUUUGACACUGGACACUCAAGGAGGUGCUUGCCUACUAAGAACUAGUCCCACUGUCUAUUACUCGGGUGCUGAGGCAACUAAUAAGAAAGAAGCUUGGGGAGGAAUCCAUUAGCUAUCUUCACUAGACGGACACAGAUGGCGCAGAUUUAGGCAAGGAUUUUUUGAGAAUGAUUAUUAGCCUUCUUAGAAUAUCCGCCUAUAUUAAUAAAGAGUUUGAGAUUGACCACCCACAAGACAAGAGUUUGACCACGGGGUAAGGUUACCAUUCCCAAAGAAAAGACCAGUUACGGACUCUACAACAUAAAAAAAGAGGACUGAAUCGGCGAUCCUUCGAAUAGUUUACUCGACCUUCAAUUCAAAGUCUUGUUCAUCGCCAAGUAGGCUUCCUGAAAGGCGGACAGGGCAAGCAAAGUAAAGAAGUUAGUACUUCGCUACUGGACAAGGCUAUUAUUACAAGUCCAAAAAAUACGUUACUCACUGGAGCGAUGAUUGAUUCAAAUUUGCCUAAAGAUCGUGGAUUUACAUAGGCGGCUCACAAGGGAAAAACAAGGUUAAAUGCCCCAGGGAUUACAACCAAAGUUUCAGGUGUGAUCUUACAACCCCUACUAAAGCAAUAGGACUCUAUUUCCAACUGAUGAACUGUGUAGUGGAACUACGGGAACUAGUAAGCCUAUAAGUGAGAGUGAUUCUUUCCCCAAAAUUCAAUAAGCUAUAAAACUUCCUUGGUUCCAAUCCAAUUCAUGAUAAAAGGAAUAUCAUAUCAUAUCAUAUAUAGUAAAGCAACAAUAAUGAAACGUGUGCGUUAUAGUAUAGUAUAGUAUAGUAAAGGCAAAUUCCUUUGCCAACGCCUACGUCUUGCUUUCAGUAUCAUAUAUUCAGUAGACUAGACUUUUCUAUGUGAAUUCAAAGAAUAUCCUAUCUAAUAAUGAUUUCACUCUAGAUGAAGGCUAUUCCUCCUGUUAUAGCUAAAGCAAAGCAACCGUGUCAAGUUUUAUUGUCCCGCUAUUUCAGCGGAGCCUAUCCCUCCUAAUGUGUUACAUCCUGGCCAUCUUUUGCUGUCCAAAAUCCUGGCUGAGGUAGGUACAGUGUCUGUUCGGCUCGGCAAUCCAAGAUUAGCAGAAGUAAUAGGUGGGGCUUAUAUUAUAGUAAAGAAAAACUACUUGAAUAAGCGCUCAGCCGGCAGAGAGAAAAGGAAAGUAAAUGGGAUGUUCAAGUAGGUAGCGAGUUCAUCACCGGGGAUGUCUGUACUAAAGCAAGCAAAGACCUAGUCUGCUUUGAAUUAAGCAUUUCAGUGUGGAAUUCGCCUAACUUUCAAUCUAGAAACUAGUGAAAAGCUAGCCGACUAUUUCAAACGAGUAAAGAUAAGCAGCAAAGCCAGGAAAUACAGUAAGCGAGGAGGAGUAUUCAUGUCUCUUUCUCCCACCAACGUAAUACCCGACAGCGCGUAGUCAAGUUCACUUUCUCAUAGCCUAUUCGUUCACACCAGAUCUCGACCGAGUGAAUGAGAAGGAGUUUCAUCACGCUCGCCCAAAGCGGAUUUCCCCCGGUCCGCGUGCACAUUGAAUUCAUAGGGGGCUUCAAUAUCUCUUCAAUUAGCCCAUCCCGUCAAGCCCUUAUUCUUCCGAUGUCUCUCACGGAGAGUAUAGAAGUUGGUCCUUUAUUAAUUAGUAAAAGCAAGCUAUCGCACUGGGUAGCUACUCCUUGUUGGGUAGCCCCUCGGAUAUGGUAUAUUGUAGGUCUCCAGCGUUGGCGCACUUCUUCUUUCGACAGAAUCUCUCUUCUCGAGUGUUGCUGGUACUUUGAAUACUUAUUUCACCCUUGGUACUGGAUAAGAAGGCUAUGUAUGUAGUCGUACUACACCAGUGUUUAAUAACAAAUAGCAUAUCAAAUUGAUCCGCAUCUUAACUCCAAUCUUAUUAUUAUUAGUAACGUAUCCGUGUUCUUUCUUUACUGCGAACUACUUUAUCAAGUCUUGGUAAAGGAGCUACUGUGGAAGUCCCAAUCCCAAGUAGGACUCUGUGUCUUUUCUUAAAAGAAAACCAGCGGGUACAAUUCCCAAUCUAAUAGAAUAUUAUAACUCUUGUACAGUGGGGAAGGCUCAUCUCAACGGAACCCUACCCUAACCCUAACCCUAACCCUAACCCUAACCCUAUAGUACAGUACCCUGUGUAUAGAGUAAUGCGAAGUCACCUUGGGCAAGUACAAGCAUUCAUUCUAUCCGUAAGCUAAGGUAGUGAAAACCUUUAUUGUGUAAGCAGUCGUAAGUCGGUAGGUGUGUGAAUCGCAGUAUGCUUAACAAUGUCAGGACGAAAACUCUAAGAACCAGCCAGAGAAUAUUAAGUUAGUAAAAUAAGAGGAGUGUCCGAAGUUGCCCUCCAUUCUAGUGGAACCAUCUAAGUUGACUAUUCAAUUAGUGGGCUUCUUUCACUUGAGUUUCUUCUGUUUACGGAGAUCCUUAAUCUUGCUGUAUCAUCGUCCUGGCACAUAGCUAGUGCGGCUUCAACGUCUUCUAUUCUAAGCCGUGGGAAACUUCAGUCUGAAGCGGAGAUACCUAAAAGCGGCGUAUGGACGCUUCUUCUAGCGCCGAUAGGACAACCAUAAUUUUGCAAACUGGCAGCUAUCAAAUUGACCACACCUGAUCGGAAGCGCUUGCUCCACGUUCUUUCCUUUCAACAUAUCGGGGCAUAGGAGGCUGGUCAUCUUACACACUUUUCGGGAGACGGGUGCCAUGCUCUUCUUCUGUUUCAAUGCCAUGCACCGCGUAGUACUGCGCGUAGCCUCUUAUUCUGUUCGUAAUUUUCUUCAAACACAGGUUCAAGGUCGAGGGCACCAUUCGGUUUUCACGUAACCAAGGUCCCGGGCUCGGUAGGAAGUGUCGGCGUCAAUGACAUAGAAUUUGACCAAGGUCGGAAAUGAACCGAAUUGCAUGGGCAGUGUAAUUGCCCCCAGAGCUUUCUGAGAGUUUUGAUUGAACCCAUGGACCCUAUAGACUUGCGCUCACUCAAUGUCAUUUGUGAUUUUCUUCAAAGGGAGAAUGUUUAUGUUUGUAGACAACCUGGAUCCACCAACUUAAGUGAAGUUAAGCUCCGUGACAUACAAGGGUUUAUUAUGAUUAGCAGAUCCGUUUAUCAGGUCCUCAUCCUCAAAGGUAAUGGUCGCUACUUGGUCGAUGUGCAUUGUUUCCAUCAUCUUUCUUUCGGGGCUUUAAAUUCCUCUGGUUUUUCUAGUGCUUGAAUGAGGACUUCUCGUAAUUCCCGCGACAAAUGAUUUUGCAUCGAAAACGCUAAGAAGUGCGGCGAGCACAUCCCUCUAUUGGCUCUUUGACCUGUUUUAUCAUCUUUUUCAAAUAAAAAAGUCCUUGCUUUGAUUCUUAGCCUCUGUAUUCGCCUUGGGCCUUUCGGCGUAGAGAACGAAUCCUCUGUUGCAAGAAGAAGGGCAAUGCCGAUUGUAAGGUUAAGUAUUACGUACGUCAAAACCAGUCAGUGACUCAUUUAAGUGUUGUGCGAAAAGGUAGCCUUUUGGCAACUGCAACCAUCCAUAGCGAGCGACGGAAGAUCAAUAGGCUGUUUUUUCAUAAGUUGAUAAAAGGAGAGAGCAGCUUAAUGAGAGAAGUAGCAGUGAGGGCGCUAAGCAGGUGUCAAGUUAAUUGGUCUGAGAGCCAAGCCAGCUUUCAAUUUCAAGUAGUAAAAAGCAGGCAUUAAAGUAGGUGAGUAAGUCAAGUUCUCUAUAUGCUUGAAGCUGAUACGCGCCUUUGUUGCCUUCUGUCUUCUUCCCUUUGGUAGUUCUGUUUCCAGCUGAGGAAUUGGAAUAAAUAAGUAAGGCUAACUAAAAGAGAGAAGAGGGUCUACAGUCAUUCUAUCUCAACACUGAAGAAUAAGACGUCUAUCCUUACUCUUGCAUUAAAUAGAAUAAUCAGAAAGGGAGGGGAGUAUAGAUAAUAUAAUAUAAGGAAGCGCUAUAUACAGAAUUGAAUCAGUAAAAGUGGUUUGUGCGCAUUCGUUAUUUGUUCGUUAUUCGCGUGACUGACCGGGUAUCCUUAUUUGCCUUGGUCCCCACAACGAAGUUCCUCCAUAGAGAACCCAACUGCACAGCACCAUCGCAAAGGUUUCUUCGUAACUCGCUCGAUUAGUCUCACUCAAGAGAACUCAUCUACACGGAAGGUCUUUUAAGUGCCAGUUGUACCCGCACAGAAGUUCUGCGCCCUCAACCAGGAUGCCUCCUGCAGUAGCAUCACAACGAGUCUCACCAUGGACAGCUCGCCAGUCUUCUUGCAUCAGCCACACCUAAUUACAAAUGACCUUGGCCUCUCCAUGCUCGUCAUUUACAUUUAAACUGCACACCCCCUUGUUGAGGUCUUACUCCAACGGUACGGCCUCUAGCACAUGACCAUUCCUCACUCAAGUCAUCGACACCCUCGUCGAUGUACGUGUUGAAAGAAUAAAUUCCACUAUCUCUCAAACGAAAUGAGGUUUUUGAACUCCUAUAUCACAGAGUUUCAUUGAUGCCAAAGGGGGUUUUCCUCAAACGCGAUUGGAACCAGAAUAGGCUGCAAGAAUGAAAGAGUAAAUCUAUCUUAGUCAAGGCGCUCGCUCUGCCACAAAGGGAGGAACUGGAGGAAAUUCAGUGUGAGUUGUUGACAUCAACCUUUCGCUUCUCGGCAAUGUUUCGGUCGUUCAUACCAAAAGCGAACAAACCGGGAAUGUUUCGACCUAUAACUCAACCUGCGGAGAGAGAUAGGAUCGUAAUGGAGGGCUAGGACUAGCCCACUUAUUUAACCUGUUAUUUGAUCCUCUAUUUUCCGUGCAUUCGCAUGGAUUUCGGCCGAGACGGGGCGCUAUCACUCUUUUCCAGGAAGUCAAACGUUGGCCUACGGUCAAUAGAGUCAUAAAAGCAGAUAUCAAAAGCAAAAGCUGUUUUGAAAAAAUAUCUCAUCCUUGAGUUUCUGAGAAGCUAAGUAGGCGACAAGAAUGAAAUGCUCAUCAAUCAAAUAGCUGCUUUUUUUACGGCCCCCAUCUUCGAUUCGAGGGCAAGAUCUAUUCCAAUAGGGAAUUCGGCAUUCCCCAAGGUAGCUCCUUACUGGUAGUCCUUGGUACCUGUACACUCUUAUCUUUGGAAUACUCGAUAUUACGUACAAACUUCAAUUUUGUAUUUGAACCGGAAAAUCGGAGAGAAAUGGAAAUAUUAAAGAAAGUAAAGAAAGAUAGGUGAAAUGCCCGCGGGUUAGCGAGGUUGGUCGGCAUACUAUAUAGAUAGUGGUUUGUUGGCUUCAUCUCUAGGUUGGGAUGGCUUUCCUUCUGUGUAUCGAAAGCUGGAAUUGGAAGUCGAAAAGUUGGGAUAUACGGGGAUAGUUUUAUAUUGUCAAUAAGCCUUCCUGCCCCUUGGUCAGACAAGGAAGUUCGAAAGCAGAUCGAUGGAAGUUGCUUGUUCGAAUCAUAUCUCGGAGAUUAGCUAGAGUAGGCGUUGGCAAAGACGUGAUGUGAAGCAACCAAUGAAAGAAAUGGCCCCGGUGCUGAAAGUUCUACCUGAGUGAAAGGAUCGUUCCCAUUCUAUCUAUGAUAUAGUUUAUGAUUCAAGAAAGCAUGGUUGGAGUUCUUCUAUUGACGAAGGGAAGAGGACGGUCUUACUUUUCAGAGAUACCUGACUUAGUGGACUGGUCAUAGCGGAAGGUCAGAGGUGGGAAACAAGGAAACAGAGGAAAUGCUUACUGGGACAUAGCCUUCGGUACGAGUGGAAGGGAAGAGGAUUGCUUGUGUUAUGAAUGGGCUAUCGAACUUGUUUUGACAUAUUAUCAUAUAGAAAGAGGAUUGAUAAAUUGAGGAAUCAACUCACUCAUUUUUCCUUGGAAUUCAUCAUCAUUUUUUUAUAUCUAUGUUCGGAAAAGGGAAGAUAGCCCAGUUGAGAAAUGCAAGGCUGACAGAUGUCCCACUGUGCCAUGACACAACGGAUAGCGGACGGAAGCGAGGAAGGGGGAACCCUACCGACCGCAUGCCGAAAAUGCAUUUAUCCUUUGAAUUACUCAUUGAAUGGAAUUUCGCACCGGAAACUUUUCUAGGAGAAGU